AUGAACAAUGAAAAGGAAAGCAUGAUCGAUAGAUCUAGAAGUAAGCAUGAAGUGACUACUGGAGGAGUGUCAGAUGAACGGAGGAUGCCUUGCAGGGAUGAUACAGUUGCGGGGAAGUUUGUAGACACUGCCAUUGUCGGAAAAUGUGAAACUGAAGAUGCUUGUCACCAUGGACUGGUGGAUCCUACUAUUAACAUGAAAGAGGCCAUGACUGCCAUUAAUAGUAUGUUUCGGGAGCCUUUAGAGAUAGCUCCAGUUAGAAGAGAAUCACGUCAAUGCCAGCAGAAGGAGAAUGAUACAAACAAUGGGUUUCAGGAGUUUGUUGAUGAAAACUUGGAUAAGGGAGAUGUUCCAAGUGAAAGUCCUAAUGGUUUUGAUGUUGAACUUAAGGGAGAGGAUACAAUGAUGGUUCGUAGGAUUGUUGGGACCGCCAUUUCAGAGGACCCGCAGGUGGAAAACGCUUGCCACCAUGGCUUAGUCGAACCAACUAUCAACUUAAGGGAGGCCAUGGAUGAUAUCAAUAACAUGUUUGGCAAGCCAAUAGAUUUUGUAAGAAGCAGAAGAGCUAAAGGGCAGGACAAAGUACCAGAGAAGAAACAAGAUCUUGGUGGUUUUUGUAUACUUCCUGAUGAUGAUACUGAUGAUGAUGACGAAGACGAAAAUGAUAACUUGGAACAACAGCAAGUGCAGAAAAAGAAAGAGUUACCGGGAAAAUCAAAAGACACUGACCUGGUUGAGACUAUUGUUUUUACAAAGCAGGCCAUGGAUGAUAUCAAUAAGAUGUUUGGAAUGCCACUCGACUUUUAG